UCAAAUAUGACCUCAAAACAUUUAUUAGUUGUGAAGCCUUUGGAAAGUCAUUUAACAUCUACCAGCCUCUGUUUUCUCGUCUUUAAUAUGGGAUAACAGACGCACCUACCUCUCAGGAUUGUUGUGAGGAUCAAAUAAAAUAAUCUGUGUAAAAAGUGGCUGACGCAUAGUAAACACUAUGUAAAUGCUAUUAUUAUUACUAUGUGCCAGAAACUAUGCUAAGUGCUGGAAAAACAAACAUAAGCAAAAAGAUUGACAGGCCCUGCCCUCAAGGAGUUUACAUUCUAAAGGAAGAAGGCAAUACAACAUUUUUUCCAUCUAGGUUCAAAAACCUGCAGAAAUCUGUCCACCUGAGGAUUAAGAACCACUUCUCCCGGCUCCGCUUCAUAGCUCUGAUAACAAACCCUUCCCCCUCCGCGGGAAGCCGAAGGACCGACAGAUUACGCACAUGCGCAGGGGCGCAGGCAGGUGGGAGUCUGCAGGGUGCUGGUCUUGUUAGCCGGCUUUAGCUGAGAGGGCAAUGGCGGAAGAUGGGCUAUGCAGCUUUGUGCGGCCACUAGAGAAGCGGGAUGGCACAGUGCUGCGACUCCAACAGUACGGCUCAGGCAGCGUAGGCUGUGUGGUGUGGGACGCCGCCAUCGUCCUGGCCAAGUACCUGGAGACGCAGCACUUUUCGGGCGGUGCUGCACCCGGGACACAGGCUCUGCACCAGAGAUCCGUCCUGGAGCUGGGAGCUGGCACCGGCGCUGUAGGGCUUAUGGCGGCCACCCUUGGGGCAGAUGUUAUAGUCACAGAUCUGGAGGAACUGCAGGACUUGUUGAAGUUAAAUAUUAAAAUGAACGAGCAUCUCAUCACUGGUUCUGUCCAAGCCAAGGUACUGAAAUGGGGUGAAGAAAAAAAAGAUUAUCUCCCUCCACCUGAUUUCAUAUUGAUGGCUGACUGUAUAUACUAUGAAGAGUCUUUGGAGCCAUUGUUAAAGACUUUAAAGGAUUUCAGUGGGCCUAAGACCUGCAUCAUAUGUUGUUAUGAACAACGAACUAUGGGGAAAAAUCCAGAAAUAGAGAAAAAGUAUUUCGAGCUCCUCCAGUUGGAUUUUGACUUGGAAAAGAUUCCUUUGGAGAAACAUGAUGAAGAAUAUCGGAGUGAAGAUAUUCAUAUUUUAUAUAUCAGGAAAAAAAAUGAGAAAUUACAGCUUUGAAACCUUUCAUCAUUUUUUCCAAGUUUGCAACAACUAGAAUAAGCUAAACAUGUGAUUUGGGCUUAUGAGGAUAGCAUGAAAAAAGUUUUCCUCACAUAAUCAUGGCUUAUUGAAGACACUGGAUUUGAAUAAGAGAAAUAGAAAGAUGGGUGCUACUCUGAAUUCAUAAAUGAAUUCUACUAAAAGUCCCCCAAGGUGACCUGCCAGCCUUCCUAAAAGUAGUAGAUUCCCUGCAUGUUGGAUGAGACUGACAUGUAACCAAAGUUGUUGUUUGACCCAACAUGAAAUUCUGUUUUAAAGACCAUUUAGUGGUGGAUCAUGUGUUGGGAAAAAAAUGCUGAGACUGGAAGUCUGCUAAAAUAAUAACUUGGCAUUCUUUCAAGAAUUUGAAGAACAUCGAUUUUAUUUCUUGAAUGGACAGUUUUUGAGCCUCACAGCUGUAAAUUGCUUUCAAUUUAGAUAAAUUCGAAAGGAUCUCAUGGGUUUUAGUUUUGUCCCUUUGUUAGCAGUCUUUGUUUUACAUAUAUUUCCUUUUUGAUUAUAUUUUAAGAUAGGUUUAAUACUUUAAAAUGUCCCAUGGUUUGAAGACAAACUGAGCAGGUUCUCAUUUGUUUUUUGUUUUUUGUUUUUUUUUUAACCCUUAACUUCUGUGUAUUAGUUC